GGACGGGUCCGACGAGCGGGGCUGCGGGGCCCUCGCCUGCCGCGCGCUGGGGCCCGGCGCCCUGCCCUGCCCCCCCACCCCACCCACCGGGGCCCCGGCCCGAGCUUGCUACCUGCCCGAGUGGCGCUGCGACUUCAAAACGGACUGCCCCGAUGGCAGCGAUGAAGCUGGCUGUCCGACGGUAACCGAUACGACUACGACGAGUACGCCUGAGCCAUAUACGGAGCCGCCUAUAUGCGGACCGGAGCAGUUCCGCUGCGGGAGCGAGACAGCAGUAGCGAGCUCAAAGGACGGGGGAGCGAGACAGAGCGACAGUGGCGCGGUAGAGUGCAUCCCGGCCGCGUGGCGCUGCGACGGACGCGUCGACUGCAGCGACGGAUCCGACGAGACUACGCACUGCCGUACCCUGGGCAACGUGACGUGCGACGCGGAUCAAUACGCGUGCCUGGGGGGGCGGGCCUGCGUCCCGCGCGCGGGCCGCUGCGACGGGGAGUACGACUGUCCCCGCGGCGACGACGAGGCCGGGUGUCUGUGUCCCGCGCGCUCCCUGCGCUGCCGGGACACCGGCCUCUGUCUGCCGCAGGACGUAUUCUGCGACGGAGAUCGAGACUGCGACGACGGCUCGGACGAGCCUCCGGGUUGCUCGCGUAUCACAGAGUCGAGCACUAAACCCGGGGUCACACUACAAGCGGAAAACCCGCUAUGCAGCGGCGUGCCGGGUAGCGUUUACUGCGCGGGUCGCUGUAUCCCGCCCGAAUUAGUCUGCGACGGGCGGAACCAUUGUGAAGAUAGCGGCGGAAGUGGAGCCGGCACUGAUGAGGACCCGGAGAUAUGCAGUUCGUACGCGUCCUCGUUCCCGGGCAUGACGGAGGGCUCCCCCGCGUCGAUGGUGGCGGGUAGUUGUCGGCGCGGGCUGUGGCGAUGCUUGAAUGGCGCGUGCGUGCCGCGCGACACCAUCUGCGACGGCGACGACGACUGCGGCGACUACAGCGACGAAACCAGAUGCAACAUGGCAGAAUGCUCGCAAUUCAACGGCGGCUGCGCCCACAACUGCACGGAGCUGGCGGCCGGCCGCGCGUGCUGGUGCCGCGUCGGGUACCGCCGUGACGUCAUGCGUGACGUCAUGCGUGACGUCACGCGGCACGUCACCGACACCCGAGCGCACGACGCAUGCGUCGACGUCGACGAGUGCCGCGAGGACGAGCCCUGCGAUCAUUACUGCAGGAACACGAUCGGCAGUUUCAAGUGCUACUGCGCAGACGGCUACCGGCUCAUGGAAGAUGGAAUCACUUGCACUCCGAUAUCUUCGGUGAAGGCUUCAUUGCUGUUCACGAACCGCUACUACAUCCGUCGCGUGGGUCUGGAGGGUGGCGCCAGUGAGGUCGUGGCCCAUAAUAUGAGCAACGCCGUGGCCCUCGACCUGCUGUGGGCGGGCGGCUGCCUCUACUGGAGCGACGUGACCCGCCUGGGCUCCGCCAUCCGCCGCGUGUGCCGCCCUACCGAGACCCAGCCCGCCCAGCAUCAGUUAAUACACGGCGCGACGCUGCAGAACCCCGACGGGCUUGCGGUAGACUGGGUGGCCGGCAACCUGUACUGGUGCGACAAGGGGACCGACACGAUCGAGGUGUCCCGCCUCGACGGGACCCACCGCCGCGUGCUGCUGCGCGGGAACCUCACGGAACCCCGCGCCCUCGCGCUGCACCCGCCCAGGGGCUGGAUGUUCUGGUCGGACUGGGGCGCGGACGCGCACAUAGGUCGCGCGGGGCUGGACGGCAGCGGGCGCCGGGUCCUCAUAUCCGCGGGGCUGGCGUGGCCCAACGCCCUGACCCUAUCGCCCCACACGGACCGCAUAUACUUCGCGGACGCCAGGGAGGACUACAUCGCCGUCGCCGACAUGGACGGCGGCAACGUGCGCAUCCUGUUCUCUAGAGAGCGCAUGCCGUGGCUUCGUCUGCACCACGUGUUCGCGCUGGGAGUAUGGGAGGGCCGCGUGUACUGGAGCGACUGGGAGACCAGGGCCAUCGAGUCCUGUCUGCUGAGGCCGCGCAGGCAUCACACUGAAGGCAAUUCAUCUAGGGCCGCAUGGGAGGGCGGCGCCCUGCAGUGCCGCACCGUGACCCGCGCCGUCCACAAACCCAUGGACCUGCGGAUACACCACCCCGCCAGGCAGCCGCCCAUGCCAGAGUUAUCUGCGUUGUGUGCGUCGCUGAAUUGCUCGGGGCUGUGCCUGCUGAGCCCCGGGGCCGGCCCCGACGACACCACUACCGCCACUUGCGCCUGCCCCGAGCACUGGGUGCUGGCUGCGGACGGCCGCAGCUGCAGCCCCAACUGCACGGCUGCACACUUCGUCUGCGCCACUGCUUUGAAAUGUAUCCCCUUCUGGUGGCGGUGCGAUACGCAGGACGACUGCGGCGACGGGUCGGACGAGCCCGCGUGGUGCCCGCGCUUCCGGUGCGCGCCCGGACAGUUCCAGUGCGGCGCCACCCACUACGGCGGCAACCACACCACCACCAGUACCAGGGACACCAGUACCAGUACCACCGACGAUACUACGGCCGACGUCACCCCUGCGAGGUGCCUACACCCGGCACACAUCUGUGAUGGAAUCUCGCAUUGUCAAGACGGCAGCGAUGAGCGGGACUGCGAUCAGUUCACAUGCCUAUCAUCGCAAUGGAAAUGUUCGGGCGACGCUCGCACUGGCGUGGCGGCGCGCUGCAUCCCGGGCGCGGCGCGCUGCGACGGGAAACGGGACUGUCCCGCCGCCGACGACGAGCGGGACUGUCCCGCCGCCACCUGCCCGCCCCAACAUUUGGCGUGCGAGACGGGGGGCGGGUGCGUGCCCCGCGUGUGGGUGUGCGACGGCGACGCGGACUGUGCCGAUGGGUCCGACGAGGGGGCACUGUGCGGCACCUGGCGCUGCUUGCCCCGCGAGCUGCGGUGCCAUACCGGCCGCUGCGUGCCGCUCGCGUGGCGCUGCGACGGGGAGCCCGACUGUAUGCAGCACGAGGACGAGGCUAACUGCACGAGCACGGAGCUAGGCUUGAAGGCGGGCGCGUGCGAGCCCACGUACUUCCGGUGCGGGACCGGGCGCUGCGUGCCCGGCAGGUGGCGCUGCGACGGGGAGCCCGACUGUGAUGACGGCGGGGACGAGGAGGACUGCGAGCCCAGGCCUUGCACCGAGUCAGAGUUCAGAUGCGGCGACGGGUCCUGCAUCCGCGGCGCGCUGCGUUGUUCCGGCGGGGCCGAGUGUGCCGACCACAGCGACGAGGCUGACUGCGGCCGACAAUGUGCCCGCACUGCCAGACCCUGCGCCGGCGGCCAGGCCUGCGUGCCCAACGAAUGGUGGUGCGACGGCGAGGCGGACUGCGAGGACGGGUCGGACGAACUAUCUUGCGACGCACAAGCGGCAGCGGGCGCGGGCGCGGGCGCGGGCGCGGGUGCUGGUGCGGCUGCGAUGCGGUGCGAUGCGGCGCGGGUGCGGUGCGGCGCGCGGUGCCUGCCCGCCGCCUGGGGCUGCGACGGACGCGCCGACUGCGUCGAUCAUGCGGACGAAACCGAUUGUAGGAACAAGCCGUGCCAGGAACAUAUGUUCAGAUGUAGUGACUACACUUGCGUGCCGGAGUCGGUAGUUUGCGACGGAUACAACGACUGCGCCGACGGAGACGAUGAACAACCACACCUCUGCCGCGGGCGGGGUCCGGCGGAGUGCUCGCAGCAGCUGUGUCCGGACGGGCGCUGUGUGCCGGUCUCCGCGUCCUGUACUGACGAAAAGAACGAGUGUGAUUGGCGCGCGUGCCCGCAGCUGUGCCUGCCCAAGCAUGGCAACCACACGUGCAAAUGCGUGGAGGGGUACCGGCAGCGACAGCUUCCUGAUGGCGGACUCGCCUGCGAGUUCAUCGGCGAGAAGCCUCGCUUGGUGGUGGCGGGCGAGGGCUGGCUGCGCGUGCGAGAGCUGCACAAGUUUGAGAGGGAGCUGCACGCCGACCAGCUGCAGGCGGCCAACGAGAGUGCGGUAGAAGUGUGGGGGCUAUGUACUUCGUGGGCCGAAGGCGCGGCGUUCGCGUGGUGGGGGGAGGCGGGGGGCAGGCUGCGCCGCGCCCGUCUGCCCUCUCCCUCACUCUCACUAGCGCCCUCUCCCUCGCACACCGGGGCCAAUACCACCGCGCAUACUACUCUGUUACAAACCACCGGAAUGAUCCGCGGCGUGGCCGUAGACCCGGUGUCGAAGCGUCUGUACUGGACGCUGGUGCAGCUGGCGAGCGAGCGAGACGGCGCCAGCGAGGGAGAGAGACGCCGCCACCCCAGCGGACUCUACGCGGCCACGCUGGAGGCCAACAACCCGGUGGCUCUCUACUCCGCGCCAUAUUCUGAGCCUGAUGACCUGAUAGUGGAUCACGAGUCAGGCUGGGUGUUCUGGUGCGAGGUGGGCACAGUGCCGGGCAUAAUGCGGGCGCAGUUAUCCGGACGCGACGCCCGGAACAUAGUCCGGACGGUCCGGCGACCGGGUGCCUUAGCAUUACAUUCACCUACUGCGCGACUAUACUUCACGGACGCCAGGAGACAUACUUUGGAAGCGGUCUCCUUAGAUGGGAGUGGAAGAUAUACUGUGGCUAUCUUCGCACAUCGACCGCAUGACUUACCGCGGGCACCGAACUCUGCAACUACAGCCGCACCUCCUGGUGAGACGGCAGUGGUGGCUGGGCGCGUAUGUUCCCGCGCGCUGGUAUUCGAAGAGUGGAUCUGGUGCAGCACCGCGCGCGGCCUCACCCGCCUGCCGCGCCGCACCCGCGCCCGCACCCGCACCGCAACCGCACCGCAACCGCAACCGCACCCGCACGCGCUGCCCGCCGUCACCGCGCUGGAUCUGCUAUACGUGCGCCCGCCUGACCAUAAAGUGGCGGACCCGUGCCUGUACCCUGACGGGCGCCCCCGGUGCGAUGCCAGCGCCCUCUGCCUCCGCAGUGGGUCACGGGGGACCCACCACGCCUGUCUGUGCCCCGCGCGUCUGCAGACCAGCAGCGACGCCAACGAUGAGACGAUGAAAUGCGUCGAAUCGUGGGUGCAGCGCGUGCUGUUCACCGAAGACCAUAAUCCGAAGACGCUCGAGGGCUGCGAGGGGGGUUGCGGGGCAGGAUCGUGCGUUAACGGGUCCUGUGUGUGUCCCGGACUGUACGCGGGCAAGCAGUGUCAACACUACCGCUGCGAGAAGCACUGCCUGCAUAGAGGACACUGCUCGCUGGACACUGCUGCGCCGGCAGAUGUCGCUACAGGCCUGCAGCCGCUGCAGAUCCGAAAAACCACUUUUCCAAUAUUAGAGCCUCAUGUGACGAUCGUUGAUGCAGGUCCUCGCUGCGAGCAGUGUUCCGGGUAUGACGGGCCCGGCGCGGGGCGGUGCGGGCGCGGGGCGGUCUGCACGCGCGCGGCCGGCACGCCCGUCUGUCUGCCCGCGCUGUGCGUGCACUACUGCCUCAACCAGGUACCUAUACACUAUGACGGGCCCGGCGCGGGGCGGUGCGGGCGCGGGGCGGUCUGCACGCGCGCGGCCGGCACGCCCGUCUGUCUGCCCGCGCUGUGCGUGCACUACUGCCUCAACCAGGUACCUAUACACUAUGACGGGCCCGGCGCGGGGCGGUGCGGGCGCGGGGCGGUCUGCACGCGCGCGGCCGGCACGCCCGUCUGUCUGCCCGCGCUGUGCGUGCACUACUGCCUCAACCAGGUACCUAUACACUAUGACGGGCCCGGCGCGGGGCGGUGCGGGCGCGGGGCGGUCUGCACGCGCGCGGCCGGCACGCCCGUCUGUCUGCCCGCGCUGUGCGUGCACUACUGCCUCAACCAGGUACCUAUACACUAUGACGGGCCCGGCGCGGGGCGGUGCGGGCGCGGGGCGGUCUGCACGCGCGCGGCCGGCACGCCCGUCUGUCUGCCCGCGCUGUGCGUGCACUACUGCCUCAACCAGGUACCUAUACAGUAUGACGGGCCCGGCGCGGGGCGGUGCGGGCGCGGGGCGGUCUGCACGCGCGCGGCCGGCACGCCCGUCUGUCUGCCCGCGCUGUGCGUGCACUACUGCCUCGACCAGGUACCUAUACAGUAUGACGGGCCCGGCGCGGGGCGGUGCGGGCGCGGGGCGGUCUGCACGCGCGCGGCCGGCACGCCCGUCUGUCUGCCCGCGCUGUGCGUGCACUACUGCCUCAACCAGGUACCUAUACACUAUGACGGGCCCGGCGCGGGGCGGUGCGGGCGCGGGGCGGUCUGCACGCGCGCGGCCGGCACGCCCGUCUGUCUGCCCGCGCUGUGCGUGCACUACUGCCUCAACCAGAUACAGCCACCCCGUGUGGGAGCGGGGGCACCUGGUGCGCACACGGGGGCAGUGAAUCCCCUGGAGCCCGGCACGCCGUACUGCCUAUGCCCGCUGGGGGAACAGUGCGGGCCGGGCGCGGUGCCCGCGGGGGCGGGCCCGGGGGCGGGGCCCGGGGCGGGCCCGGGGGCGGGCGGGGCCCUGCUGGGGGCCCUACUGGCGCUGUUAGCGCUGGCUGCGUUAGUGCUGGCCGCGUUGUACGUGCUGCAUCGACGACGAUAUAGUGCGUUCGUGCACGCGCGCCUGUCUGACAACGUGGAGAUCAACAAUCCCAUGUACCUGGCCGACGACGAGCCCGAGCCACGCCCACACACGAAUGGCGGAAAUCAUUUUGCCAACCCUGUGUACGAGAGCAUGUACGCGCCGCCGCAGCACAACCCUGAGGAGCAGGCCAACCUUCUGACGGAAGGCGACGGCUCCCCGCCGCAGCCGGAACGAGCUGCGCUUAUCUAAUCUAAGCUUACUCUGCCGACCAAACAACUUUAGCUUACAAUCAUUUAGCACUAGAGAAUAUUGCAGGUGCAGAAACCAAGUUUAAGUAGCUUAUACGUAUCAAUUACGUAAUACAAAUACUUGAGCAACUUAACCAUGUGAUUUUUCCUUAUAUAUCUUUUAAGAAACCGAUGUUAAGAAUAACGAUAUUUGUUAAAGUGUUAAAAUUGAUAGUAACUAGAGUACUUUAUCGGUUCCACUGUAAUCAUUCAUUACCUGUUUUUAUGAGUACCAAUCCAUCGUCGCCACACCUUAAUUUAAAACUAUUCGGACCUUAGCAAAGAUUUGUUUAUUGUGGUGUAUCUAUUUACCUAUCAGAAUACUUUAUUACACUAUUUCACAGCUCAUCGGCAGAAUAAUGUCACUGUAGGUAAAAUACAGUUUUUAACUUAGUGUUGUAUGUUUAUUGCUUGAUUCUACAGUUUACAUAUCCUAAUUGGCCAAACUUGCCUUUUUUAUAUCUAUUAUUUAUAUAUUUAGAUGAUGAAAUUGCAUUUGACUCUCUUAUAACUUCUAGACUAACUUUUUCCUUAUAAUGUUUUAAAUAAAAAGAUUCCUUACUCCGCGGACUAAAAAUAUGUGGUACGUAUUACAAGUACCAUAUUUUUUUCUAUAUUUAAGUGGGGAAAAAAUAUAAAUUGUGCGAAAUUGAAUAUAAUUAAUUAAAACUUAUCGAUUCUUAAUACAAGUAUUUAUAUUUUAAUAUAAAUCUUCGAAUGUAUCAUAUCUCAAAGACCAAAUAUGAGGGUAAUUUGAUAUUUCUUAAGAAUAGUGACUUAAAAUGAUUUAAAUAUAAUGCAUAGGGUAAGCGAAGGUAUUUUUCGAUGUAGAUCGCAAUAAUUGUUUUGAUCUUUAGUACAUAUAGUUUUAAGAGCUAAUUUAGUGUGCAGAAUUCAUUUUAAUAAUAGUGCAAGUAUAUUGUUCCAUUCUUUUAGUGAUUUUGAUGCAAUACAAUGUGAAUCUUUAAUUCUGGUUAGUGAUAUCUUUAAUUUAAGGUUACGUGUAAUUGAUUUGUGAUAUACUCCUGUAAUUAAGACUAUAUAGGCAUUAUACAUUAUUUGAUUCGAAAUAUUCUGACGAAAUUCCUUUAUACCAUUUAUUGCGGUUUUAAUCUUACCAAUCUUAUUUUUGCUCAAACGCUUUGAGUAAAUAUAAGAUUUUAUUCGGAUGCUCAAAAUUCCAGUAUUAAAAAGUACACGUUGUGCCAUAUCUUAUAGGAUUGUGAUUAUUUUGUUAGUACUUAUAUUGGAUUUAAACUAUUAGCGAUACCUUGAGUCGCGUGGACCAUCAUUAUUUCAGUCUCAAAAGGUCGUUAUGCGAGUUCAGUACAAUAAUUUACAGAGCCAGUGUACAAUAUAUUUUCUAAGAUUUGAGCAACGGCCUAAUAUGUGUUUGAAUAAAAUUUUACAGGAGAAAUAUUCCUGCAGUACAAUAAAUUUUAUUAAUUAUAAUAAUAUUAUAAAUAGGAACUUAAUAUUAGUUCGAUUUUAGCACCAACACCUGUAACUGAUUUUAGUUCGCACAACUGUAUCCUCUGACAUUCAUAAUUACAAUUCUUUGGCAGCUAAUUUGGGUCGUGAUAGAUAAUUUUACAAAUACUAUUAUUGUGGUGAUGUUUCGAUGUAACUAUGAGACUGCGUAUGUCGUUUUGUUUAUAAUAAAUUAGCCAAAUUUAUUCCUAGUUGUAAAUUUAUUCUGAAUUUUUAUUAUACAAUCACCUCCAAAUCACAAAAGCAAGAAUCUCUUUUACUUUAUUAUUUUAAGUUUUACGAAUAAUAAAAUACAUGUUCAUA